GGCAUUCGGCGGCUCUACCCACAAAACUACGAGCACAAGAAGGAGCUGAAGAAACUGAACCACUCCAUUUUGGUAAACUUUCUGGACAUGCUCGACACUCUGAUUCGGUGUCCAGACACGCCGAGGAGGGAAGAGAAGAAGGAAGACCUGAAUCUCCUCUUUGUACAUAUCCACCACCUCAUCAACGAGUUCCGGCCCCACCAGGCACGGGAAACCCUCCGCGUGAUGCUCGAAGUCCAGAAGCGACAGCGUCUGGACACCGCGGACCGCUUCCAGAAGCACCUUGACAAGGUCCGGGAAAUCCUGCAGAACACACUGAGCAGUCUUCCUGAUACGGAUCUGGACAGCGAGCUUCUCCUUCCCGCACACACUGCUGAGACUUCGGCCGGAAAGCCCGACACGGAAACGCAGGUCGAGGAGUGCUUGAACCUGGACAAAAUUAUGUGUGAUAUUGUUGAUGCCCUCUAGAACCAGUGCUGGCACACUCUGCUACGUCUGUAUAUAAUAUUGUAUAUGAUAAUGAUGCUCUGCAAGGAAUGCUCAGCAUGCUCCUUCUUGUGGAGGAGGCAGCAUAAUGAUCUUCGACCUGCAUUUUUAUUCUAUUAAAUACAUUAUGUAGAUGA